CCCUUUGUUUGGUGUUGUUUUUCUUAACUUUGAGUAGAAACUACGGCGGUAUUUGGUCCAAAAAGUCAUAUGGUAUAAAAGCCAGUAGCGGAAUCCUUAAACGCGUAAACGUGGUGCCUUCGGUGCGUUUCCUCGCCUUACAUCUAACGUCUGUCGUUGUUUUCAACCAACAUCAUGUUUACCUUUUCCAAAAAUGACAGUAGUUUCUUGGAAAUUCCGAAGUAACUAAAAAAGAAUUCAUGUCUCGAUAUUUUAUCAAAUCUGUGUAAUUUUGUACCCUUUUUUUUUUCUUAAUAAAUAAAAUUGAAAUUAAAAAUGGCGGCCAUGGCGUCGCUGCUGAACGGUGAGAGAGCUGUGGUCGUCGUCUUCGUAACAUGCGUUGUCGUCUCCCUUCCUCCUUCUCUCUUCUGCCAUGGCCUCGCCCUAUCUCUUCUCGCACUCGCCGCCUUAUCUCUCGAUGUUGGAGCCGAUUAUUUAAAUUCCUUCCCCCUUUUCCAAACCAGGCCAGGUGCUUCGUCCGGUAUACUAUUGGGUGCUGUUACCCUGCCAACUGUUAUGUUGUCCAAGUUGAUACAGAUAGAAAGGGCAGUUUCCUUGAAGGAAAUCGAAAUUGAAGAGUUUGAGCACUUAACGAUGCAGUACUGGGCUGCUUCUGCUUGUUGCUUAGGCGUAAUAGUACUUCUUUGCGUGCUUAUAUCAAAUACACCUAGCAAUACGCAUCCCCUUGCUCUGCAUAGUGCUCGGCAUGCAAAGUUCAGCUUGACCUGUAUAGUCUUAUAUACAGCACUUUGCUGUGUGUCUCUUGGUACAAUCUCUCUUACCAGCUUCAACACAAUAUUAAAGCUAUUAUGGAUGUUUUGUCAUGGAUUGGCAGCUGUGAAAUUGAUACAGCAUCUUCUCAGUACUUUCCCGUCAUGUGCUUCCAUUGGAGAAGCACUUUUGGUGACAUCCGGUCUCGUUCUCUAUUUAGGGGACAUGUUGGCAUUAACUAUAGCAAAAGCAUGUAGAUUGUUGAUUACAGAAAACAUGGUGCGGUAUGGAAGUAAAAGGAGUGAGAUUGGUGUUAUUAUUCAGGGAAUGCUGCUCGGCCUUCUUCUUUUUCCAGUGGUGUUUAGAUUUGUACUUCAAAUUUUGGAAUGGUUUUUAACUAAAGCAUUUUCUCAAUCAAGGAUCGACAAUGAAAUUCGGAAAUCUCUUAUAUUCUUCUUUUGCCUUGGAUUUAGCAUGAUUGUGAUUAUUCCAACAUGGAUGGAGUUUGUUCAGGAUUUUCAUAUGCAUCCAUUGCUAUGGGUUUUUUCAUUUGUCUUUUCAGAACCCCUUAAAAGAUUAUCUUUAUGCAUCUACUGGGUGCUUGUCAUAUGUGUUUCUGUUGUGAGAUUCUAUAACAUCUCAAAAAAUAGCAAAAUCGAGAGGAUUCUUCUACGGAAGUACUACCAUCUUAUGGCUGUUUUAAUGUUUCUCCCUGCUCUAGUCUUCCAGCCUAAAUUUCUUGAUCUAGCAUUUGGUGUGGCUUUGGGAGUUUUCUUGGCAUUGGAAAUUGUUCGAGUAUGGAGACUUUGGCCUCUGGGGCGACUGGUGCAUCAAUUUAUGACUGCUUUCACGGACCAUCGUGACUCUGAUAUUCUAAUUGUUAGCCACUUUUCACUUCUGUUGGGAUGUGCACUUCCCAUUUGGAUGUCUUCUGGCUACAAUGACCGUCCUCUUGUUCCUUUUGCUGGAAUUUUGAGCCUUGGGAUUGGAGAUACAAUGGCAUCAAUGGUUGGCUACAAGUAUGGUGUCCUUAGAUGGAGCAAGUCGGGCAAGAAAACUGUUGAAGGGACUGCAGCUGGUAUUACAUCGGUUCUGGCCACGUGCUCGGUUCUGCUUCCGCUUCUAGCAUCAACUGGAUAUAUUGUUACAGAGCAUUGGUUCUCUCUUGUCGUUGCUGUCACUGUGAGUGGUUUAUUGGAGGCCUACACAACACAACUUGAUAAUGCUUUCAUACCACUUGUUUUCUAUAGCCUUCUUUGUCUGUAAAUGGUGCUUCCAAGUUCCAACUUUUGAAAGUACAAGAAACCGAAAAUGAUCAAAGCCUUCCAAAGAAUACAAAUACACUAGAUACAGACAAGGUAAAAGAGGAAAAGGAGAAAGAAGACAGAUAUUCAUCACUCAAUUUAUGUGAUCUCUCAUGAUUGCGUUUUGUAGAUAACUAGAUACGACUGAGUAGAGUGGUCAAUACUAACAAGAUGACUUAUUUGUUGUAUGUCAAUUUUUCAUUGGUCUGAGUUGGGCUCUUAAUAAGGGUUAGAUUUAGCAUAAAGUAUUCCUUUUGUAAUUUUUUACCAUACAUUUUAGUUUUUAGAGAGAGUUACACAGAGUAGGAAAGAGUUAGGACACUACACUGAUCCUAUAGUAAAGAAAAUUUAACACCUUUAUUUCA